AUGAUCUCCUCUGCUUUCUUUAAUAAUAGCAUCCAAUUUCCUUUCAUCAUAAUCCUCCUCUUCAUAUUAUUAUUUGUUGGCUUGUCAAAUGGUGAAGAUAUAAACUAUAAAACUUGCUCGGCUCCGUUCUCUUGCGGGCAAAUUAAAAACGUCCCAUACCCGUUUUGGGGUGGGAAUCGGCCUCAAAUUUGUGGUAUCCCAAAUUUCGGGCUCAAUUGUGAUAGCGGUGAUAAAAAAAAUUACCCUAUUAUGAAUUUUGCUCAUAAUGGAUACACUAUGUUAAGCAUACUUAAUAUUGGUACGUCUACACAUACCAUGUUAGUUUCCCUAGAUAAUUUGAUUCAAAAAUGUCAUUUGUUCAAUACGAACAAGGUAAUAUUGCUUACCAAUUUAAAGCCAGCCAAAAUUUACAAGAUAAUAUACUUGUACUAUGGUUGUGCUAGUCGUUGCGUCUCUAGGUACCACCCUUACUACUCUUUUAAUUGCACCAACGAUUACAAGGGUACCAUUAGUAGUGUUUAUUACUUUGGAGGGUCGUCAAUGCCUUCUGUGCGGCCAUUAGACACGGGUAAAUCAUUGUCGUCGUCGUGCUCGUGCAGUAACAAGAUUUAUGUUGCCGUACACGAGAGAAGAUUAGACGAGCUUAGAAGCGGAAAUGCCUCACUUUUAAGUAUUUUAACCACGCCAGUUGGGAUGGAGUACAUGGCCAACUUCACUGCUUGUUCUAAGUGCCAAGAGUCUGGUGGAAGAUGUGGUUCAUCGCCUUGUUUAGAUGAGUUUGUGUGUUAUUGCCCAGAUGGACCUUGGUCGUUAGCAUGUUCCCAAUCAGGGGCUGGUCUAGCUGCUUUAUUACUAGGAAUAGUGAUGUUUUUAAUUUUUCUGGUCAUUUGGGAAAGCAAAAAACGAAAAACUCAUAAAAUUUCAUUCCUAUGGAAUAGAAAAGCAAUUGGGGAUCAUAAUAUAGCAACUUUUUUGGAAAGCUAUGGAUUUUUAUCCCCAACAAGGUACACAUACGCUAAUAUAAGAAAAAUGACCAACUCGUACAAAGAUAAACUCGGCGAAGGAGGUUAUGGAAGUGUUUACAAAGGCAAAUUAAACGAUGGUCGUGUCGUAGCUGUGAAGAAAUUAAAGUUUUCGAAGGGUGAUGAUGGAAGAGAUUUCAUCAAUGAGGUAUUAAGCAUUAGUAGGACUAAUCAUGUCAAUGUUGUCACUCUUUUAGGUUUUUGUUUUGAAGGAAACAAUAGAGCUCUUGUAUUUGAGUUCUUGCCUAAUGGAUCUCUCGAAAAGUUUAUGCAUGGUAGAGAGGUUGGCGAAUCAUUACAAUGGAAAACCAUGUUUGACAUAGUAGUUGGAAUCGCCAAGGGACUAGAUUACCUACAUAGAGGUUGUAAUACGCGAAUAUUACACUUUGAUAUUAAGCCUCAUAAUAUUCUUCUUGAUGAAGAAUUCCGCCCAAAGAUUUCAGAUUUUGGGUUAGCCCGAUUGUGUCCACAAAAGAAUAGCAUAAUAUCAAUGUCGGAAGCAAGAGGGACCAUUGGAUACAUUGCUCCUGAAAUUUUAAGUAGAUAUUAUGGCAAUGUUUCGCAUAAAUCAGAUGUUUAUAGUUAUGGGAUGAUGUUAUUAGAUCUUGUGUGUGGUAGACAAAUUGACAACAAUGAAAGUCAAGACAAUAGUGAAAUGUACUUUCCUGAAUGGAUAUAUAAUCGACUUGAACGCGUAGAGGACGUGUCAAUUCAUGGGGUUAUGAAUGUUGAUAAUAAUAAGGAAUUCGAGAGAAAGAUGAUUAUAGUGAGCUUAUGGUGCAUACAAUCAUAUCCUGCAAAUCGACCAUCUAUGAAUCGAGUUGUAGAAAUGUUAGAAGGGUCGUUGGAGUCAUUACAAAUGCCUCCUAAGCCAAAUCAUUCUUCCCCAACAACAUUUGUGUUUGGUUCUUCGCCUAUGAUAACCACUCGAGACAAUUUUUGUUAA